CGUUAAAAUGUGUUUAUUUAUGAAGAUAUUUAAGAGCACAUGUGCCUGCCUUCUUCAAAAUGGCAGUGAGUGACUGCCAUUUAGUAUCAUGCUUGACUUCUCCUACUUAUGUGACUUUAGCUCUGUGAUUUCACACCAAUUUUUCAUAUUAAAAUAAUUAAAACUGUCUUAUUUCUCCUUGUCAGGAGAAAUGAUUCCACCCAAGUCCACAGCAUGUUGCCCAAUAUGCGAAUUUGAGUUUGCUUAUCUGGGCAAACACUUGGCCAGCAGACACAGCGUGGUCAAUAAAGCUGAAAAAAGGCUCUUAUUAAACCACGCCACAGGGCGUGUUAAUUACCGCCACCUUCCCUGCCCUGUCCCUGGAUGUGGCUUUUCCAAGUCCCGGGUGGACAGGCACCUAAAGGAGCAGGGCCACCCGGAGCUGGACAAGGCCCAAGUCCAGGAGUUUGUCAAGGAUAUAAAGAGAAAGGUCACCAUGGACGGCUUAAGGGCCCUCAGGGCCUCCAACCCCACCCCGCCCAUGAUGUCAAGCCUAGAUCUCGACCAGGACGAGGAUGAGCUCAUCCACGAUGUUUCAGAUGCGGCAGAGUCCUCCAACCCUUUUUGCUCCACCUGCACCAAGCUCGCCGCCGACAACAAGGUGCUUUGGCGGCAAAUCAGAAUCAAGAAGCGGUGGGCCAAAAAAGCAAAGGCCAAAAUAAAGUCUCUGGAGGAGGCUAGAAAUGUGUUGUUGCCGGAAAAAAGGAGCAAAGUGAGCAAAAGCAUGUGCCAUGACACUGCCACAGCAGAAAAAUUUUACGCCUUGCACCAAAGCACUGAACAACUUGCGGAGCUCCGCAAGAAGUUCCUACAGGCCACAGACCCGGACGCCCAAGGUUGUAGCGAAACGGAGGAGCCUCGUCUCCUCACACUGUCGGAGUCGUCGAGUGAGGAUGAGGGCAAGGAGCCUUUAGAGAAAAAGAGGCUCUGAGACACCUUCUGUCUGCAGUCAAUGCUUGAGUGACAUCAUUAUGCAGCCAUGUCCUGGACUCUGCCUGAGGCAAUUCACAGUUAGUCUAUAACGUCUGGAUGUUUAGUCUGCAAAGGACAGAAAUGGACAGUGAUUGAUCCGUAUGACACUCUGCAGCCGGGGUUGAUUCUUCGGGAUUCUUCCAAUGUUGAUUCUUCACCUCAGUUGUUGUGCAUGUUUUGGUCAAACGUCAUUUUAUCUUAACUGUGAUGUUCAUGAAUAAUAAACGUUAAACACUAGAGAUCUUGAACAUUAAUCACUGGAGGUUUUGUGAUGUGUGUAAGUCAGGAUGUAAGCAAGACAUUUGUUCAAAAUGUUUGUUCACUAUUAAAGUACAUGUUCUUUUGUUCCACGUUUCUUUUCUUCUAAAAUCAAGAACACAACAUUAACAAUUAUAAAUUCAUAUUUAUAAAAUAUGGGUGUUAUAAAUAUAUUCCCCUAGAUUUUGUAACCCAUGUUUGUAAAAUACUAGCCUGG